UGUGAUCGUAGCCCGGCCGCGACGGCCGCCUCCCUUUUUCUCUUCUCUUUCGUAUAACUUCAUUUCGUCUAAAAUUCGUUUGCCUAGAGUGGCGGUAAUUAUCUCACAUAUUCGGCUUCUGCGACAGGUAUCGCCUACUCUUCAUAGUUUACGAUCAUGGCAUCGAUUACAACUCGCAACGGUCAGAGGUGUACGGCAGUGCCGAAGUUAGCAAAUGUACUACUUGCAUCAAAUUCAUCUUCAGCCUCAUUAUCGUCUUCAUCAUCAUCGUCGACUUCAACAUCGACUUCGACAUCUUCAACUUCUAGCUCGACAUCAACAUCGACAUCUUCUACUUCGGCCUCGAGUAUAAGUACGACUUCAUCUUCAUUGUUGACAUCUUCAUCCUCUACAUUUAUAUCGAUCCCGACCGAUCCCCAAGCGACUCCGGUUGACAAUCCAGCGCAACCGGAUGCCGCUACUCAAAUUUCCUCGGAUACAUCCUCAAGCACUUCAAGUACAGCAAGUACUGUGGCAAUAGCUAAUAGCCCUCCAGUUAUUGUACAGCCAGCGAUAACUCAGAGCGCUGAUCAGCCAUCGUCUACUACAGACCAGUCAACUGAUCAGAUCGCUCCAUCACUGCCGGCGUCAAUUGUUAACACGAUUAACCCAUCUUCUCUCAGUACCGAUAAUACCGGGGUCCUUACUGAUACAGGACCUACUCCGUCUCAAUCAGGAGAUCAAGCACAGAAUACAGAUGGUGCGACAUCGACGCAGUUGGGUCAACCAGGGGACUCGACUAUAACAACUGGUCUAGACGGAAACACGGCAACCCAGGCGGCAGCAGGGACACAGUCUACAGGGUCAUCAUUGGAAACGGAGACGAAUAAAGGAGGGCUGUCAACGACUCAACAGCAGGUGACUGGCAAUGGCAUCACGACGCAGCAGACGAUAGCAAUAGCUGCUGGGGUUGUCGGAGGAGUCAUAAUUAUCUCAUCUAUAGCAUUCAUGAUCUGGAUAUGGCGGAAGAGGAAGAUGCAAGGUCGGAGGAGCACGUUGCUGACGCCACUGUCUCCAGAUGCGACUGUCCGUGACCGCGAGAAAGAUCCUUAUCUUAUUGAUCGGUCAUCUCUGGGACCGACACCAAUGUCCGAGAAGCUCUGGGCCGUCGUUGGGAUGAGAUAUAAGAGAUUACGCGGGAAGGUUAACAACAUCGUAGCCCGUAGCAACAGCCCGAGCCCGAGCGUCAACCUUGACCGGGGGAACUCACAAUUUGGCCCACCCGACGGAGCACAUAGUCGAAAUAAUUCAAAUGCCGGAGUUAUAGGAGGACCGCCAGCUUCCAAGGGUCGCUUCGUGGAUUGGUGGGGUCGAUUAGUGGAAGAUGGGAAUUCCAACUGGCGACUGCGUCGCGAAUCUAAGGCCGAUCCAAUCAAUAACGAGUCAUACGCAGCAGUUCCAAGGUCCACGCAUAACAGCAAUGCGUCAAGAGGUUCCUCGCAGCCCGACUUCCUCACACUCCUAAACAUGGACGACAGGCAACUAGAGCAAGCGGAACGGGGGCGAAAUGGCGUGAGAGGGAGUCAGCGCCGCUCGAUAUCUAUGGGCAACGAGCAACAUAUCCUUGGCGGUCUUGACAUAAACUUCGACGACCCCUUUUCGGAUGUUAACGCCAUAGGGAACAAUACGGCCAAAGCAAAGCCUAUAGUUGUUUCUGCAGCAAACAACCCAUUUUCGGACGCGAACGCUAUCACAGCACCAUCAGCCGCUGCAAGUGGUGGCCUCACAACAUAUGUGCACAAUGUCCGACGCUCACGUGGACAUAGCGUGAACGGUGGCGGCAUCAGCCGGCAGACGAGCAACGCCGGCACUCGUUUGAACAGCGUGAUGAACAGUCUGUACCGCGAAUCCAACGCGAGCGUAUCCACGGUCGGCACCCGACGCAACAAGUUCCGUUCCGAUCCCUUCGACCUGGACCGCCCGGAUCUACUAAGCGCAAAUUCUAGCUUCGACGCCACCGUGAGGGAUGCUAGAACUAGCCGCGGCAGCAAGGGGGCCCCGGUACCGUUGCCAAACACGCCAAAGCCGGCACACGUGCGCACGGAGAGCUUCACGUCGAAGUAUUCGAGCGGCGUGAGUAUGAGCAUAAGCCAGUGGAGCGAUCCCGGUCCAGACGUCGGUCCCGCGGCUGGGAGAUACACGCCCACGCCAGAUAAUGGCAUGCCUCGAAGGGACUCAGAUACGAGGAGGAGCGGCGGGAGCCAGGGUAGCGUAGGGAGCCAGGGGAGCGUGGGCAAGGCCUUAUAGUUAUCGCUCCCGUAUGGUGCCUAAAUAUUAGGUACGAACGGGAGGACACACAUAUACGGCAUAGCUUGGGCGUAUCGGGCGGAAGAAAGGUUCACUUAUGGUGACGAGGCACGAAGCGCGUACUGUCGCCUGUUGUUUGAUUAUCGCAUAGAAAUACCGAAAGGGGUAGCUCGGAGUUCUUGGUGCGAUGCAUUGCUCUUUGCUUUUUUUACGUUUUUAUGUUCUUUGUUGGGUUUGUGAUACCCGGCGACCACACGCUCGCUUAUGAUACCUACCUCCGGGGACGAUGAUGGCGGGGGAA